GGCUAAUUAUAAAUACUAAACUGUCGAGUAAGCAUCGUUGAGAGAAAAAGCAGACAUGGUACUGUCAUUGGAUCGUUGGGUGGGCAAAGUUGCCGUGGUAACGGGGACCAGUGCCGGAAUAGGUGCUGCAAUUGCGGAAGCGUUAGUAAAAAGUGGAGUUAUAGUGGCAGGAUUGGCUAGACGAAAGGAACGCACAGAAGAGCUCUCUAAAAAAUUGUCAGGCGAAAAAGGAAAAUUACACGCGGUAAAAUGUGACGUAACCAGCGAAGAAGAUAUAGUACAAGCUUUCAAGUGGGUCAAAGAAAAUUUGGGACCGGUGUCUAUCCUUGUGAACAACGCUGGCCUAGCACAAGCGACUAGCCUGAUAGAUGGAGACACUGCAAAAUGGAAAAAAGUUCUAGAUACCAACGUUCUUGGCCUCUGCAUAGCUACGAGAGAGGCAAUCAAAGAUAUGAAAGCGAAUAACAUUGCGGGUCACAUAUUCCAUAUCAACAGCGUAGCAGGCCACAAAGUCGUUGCCCCACCAAUAUUGAAUAUCUACUUCGCUAGUAAAUUCGCCGUCACAGCACUAGCGGAGACCUUGAGGUAUGAGAUCAACAGCCAGAACCUCAAAAUCAGGAUAACGAGCGUUAGCCCUGGAUUGGUGGAAACGGAAAUCCUUGAAGUCAAUUUCGGGAAUGUCCUAGAUCUAAACGCCCCAGAACUGAAAAUUGCACUUAAAUCUGAAGAUAUUGCUGACGCUGUUAUCUAUGCACUCUCUACCCCGCCACACGUACAGGUUUCCGAAGUGACUGUCCAACCAGUGGGAGAGAUAUACUGAACAAUAUCUACGAUACGACAAUCACAAAUCAAUUAUAAUGUAUUAUAUUUUAACUUGUAACUUGUAACACUAAACUAUUCACGUGGAAAGAUUGGAAUUUUUAUAAAUGUACUAUUGGUAAUAUUUUUUAAAAUCGAACAUUCACUAUUUGAAAAAAAAUCAGACUCAAGCAUUUACAUCAAUAAAGACUUUUAAUAAUAUUCCACGACAUACUAAAAAUGACAAUUAAUAAAAUUUAAUAAAGAAUUCUGUACUAUGCUUAUCAAUGCUCAAAACAUUAUCACCAAUAUAAAUUUUUUGAAAAUUAUCAGGUGGGUAAGAUAUAUAAUUUUUCAUAUACAUUUCAUUUAUCUGUCUCUCGAAAACAAAAACCAAAAAAGUAAAAUAACAUUCGCCACGAUUUUGAAAAUCAUCCUUGCAAUUUUGAGUCCGAUUCAGGAAUCUGUUACUCAAUAUAGGCAACUGUUAAUUAAACGAACAUCCCAUAAGGAUAUCAAGCUAAAAAAUACUAAAAAUUUCUCAAAAUUACAAACUAUAUUCUGCCAAUAAUUGUAGCUGACAGAAGUCAAAUUUUUAUAGUAAUAUCAACUUGUUUGUAACAAAGCUAAAUAAAUAUUAUUUAGUACUGUA